GCGAGUGCACCAUCGGGGGGGGGACACCGCCCCGGGCGUUUGGGCGGACAGCGGCAGUACCCACUGUCAAAAUAACCCCCUCCUGUAGAGAGAUGGUGGAAACAGACUUGUUGUUGGACAAAGAGAUGAAGCACAUGGACCUACUGCUCUCUGCGAAAGGACCCUUCGUUCUGCCCGCGACGAAGGGGAGCAGACUCAAGUCAGUGAACACAUCCCACGCAGUAGUGUCGAAACAGUCUUUCAGAGCCUCCUCAGACUCCUCAGACCACCUCUUCACGGUGCGUGUGGGCACCGGCUACCUGUGGACCAGAGAUGCACCAAGGAUCGAGCUGAUUACUGCCAAUUUGGAGGAUUGUUGUCCGGUGAUUGACUGUCAUUCAUUGAACUUUACUGGUGAGUGUGACUUGUGUUUCUGUACUGAGGCUUGCUUCUGUCUAAACCCCCUCUUCUUUUUUUGCAAUUUUUGUGCCGUCAACCCGGCUCCGCUUUACCUGGGAAUUCUGGGAAACCUAGGUCCUCCAGGUCAAGGUGGGCCCCAGGGUCCUCGUGGUCCCCCAGGAAGUGGCGGCAUUAAGGGAGAUAAGGGUAUUCCCGGCGCUCUCGGUCAGCCAGGCUUUGGAGGACAGAAGGGAGAGAGUGGUGGUCCCGGAUUCCCAGGUCCAUCUGGUCUUAACGGCGGCUCUGGUUUCAAGGGAGAUAUCGGUCUUCCCGGCGUUCCUGGUUUCCCUGGACCAAAGGGAGAUUCUGGACUUCCUGGCGGCAGCGGCCUUAACGGAGAUCCUGGAGAUUCCGGAGGCCCCGGCCCUCCUGGUGACCCCGGUGUUUCUCCCACUCCCAUCGUGGUGAAGGGAGAGCGCGGACUCCCCGGAUCCUCAGGCCUGCCUGGAGGUCGAGGAGUACCUGGUUCUCCUGGGCGUGAGGGACUUACAGGUCAGCCUGGUGGCCCCGGAGAUUCUGGUCCUGAUGGGCCUCCUGGCUUCAGCGGACCCAACGGCAGGAAGGGAGACACGGGCCCCGCCGGCAGCCCCGGCACGCGUGGUAUCCCCGGCCCCACUGGUUCUGACGGUCCUCAGGGUCUCCCCGGUCCUCCAGGAUCAGGGUCUGCUGCCCACGGCUUCCUGAUCACUCGUCACAGUCAGGGACAGGAAGUGCCGUACUGCCCCGAUGGAACCAGCCCCAUCUACGACGGAUACUCUCUGCUCUACGUGCAGGGCAACGAGCGCGCGCACGGACAGGACCUCGGUUCGGCCGGCAGUUGUCUGCGUCGCUUCAGCACCAUGCCCUUCAUGUUCUGCAACAUCAACAACGUUUGUAACUUCGCCUCCCGCAACGACUACUCCUAUUGGCUGUCCACACCCGAACCCAUGCCCAGCUCCAUGGCCCCCAUCACCGGGGAGGGGAUCAAGCCUUUCAUCAGCAGGUGUUCGGUUUGUGAAGCUCCAGCCAUGGUGAUCGCAGUGCACAGUCAAACCAUCCAGAUCCCCGCCUGCCCCUCAAACUGGGAGGCUCUGUGGAUCGGAUACUCCUUCAUGAUG